GAGACACUAACAAAAGGAGUCUACCUUGAUAGUUUUGCGCCACUGCCAGAUAGGCGCCCUGAGGCUGCAUUUAGGCCCAGGAAGGCUGUACCAAGGCUGUAGCUUGGCUAUUGCAAUGCAAGCAUAGCAGCAUGCGCAGCGAGGAGCUCCAUAUCUGAUCCAGAUUUUCCCAAAAUCGACGUUUCCUUGUUGCUCAAAAGAACAGGAACGCGUCAUUAUGUUGUCUGUGGGUGAGAAGCAGCCCUGGGCUUCAAGAAAAUCUAGUAGAACUUUGAAACUUUGAAAAGUUCUUGCAGCCGAGCGGGCGCUAUGCAGACUUUUCCUUCCUCUGGCCUUGGUGUCAGGAGGAAGCUACCGCAUUCCCUGUGCUCCCGGAGAAACAUAAUUGUUCUGGGAGUUGUGCAAAUCCUGCUCCUCGAGAUCUUCCUCUUCAUCGCCGGCCGCCGUUCCUUCAUCGCCGAAGCGUCUUCACGCGUUGCAUCAACAGCCUCCCAGUUCGUUGAGCUCUCGUUUAAAAACUUCGACAUCUAUCCGGGGGCGACAAAGAGCAGGUCGCAGUGCCCCCCCUGGUUCUGCAACGCAGAGACGGACCUGCGCUUCUGGCCAGAGGGCAUCUCGCUGCAGAACAUUGAAGAUGCAAAGGAGUUUGCGGCGUUUCGGUUCCAGAUCAUCAAGGGCGAACUUUCGUUUGAGUGGUUCCGUGGGUGUUACUACCGGCGCAUGACCUUCUUCAUGUGGUCGCUCAUGAUGCUUGUGCGGCGCUACCCGGAUCAUGUCCCUGACGUGGACGCCAUGGUGUUUUGCUGCGACGACCCCCAAAUCGUGCGCGCGGACUACAACGUCAACGUGACGUCACCCCCGGCGCUGUUCAACUACGUUGGUUCGGACCGGCACUACGACCUCGUGUGGCCCGACUGGUCGUUCUGGGGUUGGCCCCAACUACGGAUUCCUGGGUGGGAGAACGUCAGCACCGCCGUCUACUUGGGGGAGUCCAUCCGCACUCCGUGGGAAGACCGCGUGCCGCGCGCCUUCUGGAAGGGGAACGUAGACACCGGCCGAGGGGACAACGCGAUGAUCCGGAAAGAGGUAUUAGCGUGCGGGGCGGAAUUUCCGGAGGAGAUCGAGGUGGCGGGCAUUGACUGGGACAAGGAGAUGAACAGCAGCUCGACCAAGCCGGAGAAUCAGUGCACGCACAAGUACCGAAUGUACGUCGAGGGGAACACGUGGUCAUGCAGUCUCAAGUACAUCCUAGCGUGCGGCUCGCCAACGAUUGUGAUUGAGCCGCUCUACUGGGACUUUUACAGUCGGGGCCUUAUACCGGGGACGCAUUACCUGCCGGUGGAUCGGGGAAAGGACAUGUGUGCCGACAUUCGGAAACAGAUCGCGUGGGGGAGCGCAAAUCCGGAAGAGGCCCAAGGAAUCGGCGUUGCAGCGUUGGACUUCACGCGGGAAGACAUUGGCAUGUCUCGGAUUUAUGACUACAUGUUGUUUAUGCUUAAAGCUUAUGCGUCCAAGUUGACGUUCGUGCCUCAGAAACAAAAGAAUGCGCAGAAAGUCGAUCCUGAGUUCUUUUAUGCACACGCGCUAGAGGAGGAGAGGGAGUUUAUGGAGUGGGUCGAGCCAGCCGGGGAGCCACCAUGCUCUCUCCAGUGCUCUAAGCAGAGCUAAGACACGAUCAAGUACGACAAGCGUGUCGACUAGUGGUCUGUGGAUUAUGCACUGAAGGUCUCGUUGACGAAGUUGUCAGUCAGACGAGCAAGCUUCAAUGCAGACGCGUGCAUGAAUGAUGGUCGGUGCACAAGCUUCAAACUGGC